AUGAAGCCAGGCGUGGAAUUCCCCUUUCAAGCCAUCUAUCUCCAUGAGCACGAAGAAGUAAAGAUUUCAGAGAUUAUACACUCCUCUUCUAAUGGCAUCAGGGACAUGGACUGGGUUCAACAGUCUAUGAACCGGUCUUGGAGUUUCAUCUUGAUCAAGACAUUCCGAGAGAUUGAAGCUAAAUACAUAGAUUACACAUCUUCCUUACUAGGGAAGGAGUUUAUACCUAUGGGCCCUCUCGUUCAAGAACCGCUCGAUCACGACGAUGACCACUUUCACAUAACAAUCGAGUGGCUGAAAGAGAAGGAUCGGUCUUCAGUCAUUUUUGUUUCAUUUGGGAGUGAAUACUUCUUCUCAAAGGAGGAAAUGGAAGAGAUGGCUCAAGGGCUUGACCUUGGUGGGAUGGAUUUCAUAUGGGUGGUGAGAUUCCCUCCAGGUAUUCAAAAGAGUCUUAGUAAAGCUCUGCCUCAAUGGUUCCUAGACAGAGUGGUUGAUGGAGAGAAGGGGUUGGUGGUUGAGGGUUGGGCCCCACAGGUUGUUGGUGGAUCGGAGCUUGGUGUAGGGGUGGAGGUGAAAAGAUCAAGUGGUGGAGAUGGAAAGUUUCAGGGAGAGGAGGUGGCGAAGGGGAUUAGAGAGGUGGUGGAUGGGAGGAAUGGGGAAGAAGUGAAGAGGAGAGUUGAGGAAAUGAGGGAGAAGAUGACAAAUAUGGGAGAGAUGGAAAUGGAUGCAGUGGCAAAGAGGUUGGUGCAGCUUUGUAGGAGCAAUUAUAUAGAGGAUGGAUUGUUGUUAUCUUAA